AUGGCUGCUCCCGCCCACAAGUUCAAGGUCGCUGACCUCUCCCUGGCCGCCUUCGGCCGCAAGGAGAUCGAGCUCGCUGAGAACGAGAUGCCCGGUCUCAUGCAGACCCGUGCCAAGUACGCCGCCGACCAGCCCCUCAAGGGCGCCCGUAUCGCCGGUUGCUUGCACAUGACCAUCCAGACUGCCGUCCUCAUCGAGACCCUUACUGCCCUCGGUGCUGAGGUCACCUGGACUUCCUGCAACAUCUUCUCCACCCAGGACCACGCCGCUGCUGCCAUUGCCGCCGCUGGUGUCCCCGUCUUCGCCUGGAAGGGUGAGACCGAGGAGGAGUACAACUGGUGCUUGGAGCAGCAGCUGUCCGCCUUCAAGGAUGGCAACAAGCUCAACCUCAUCCUCGACGACGGUGGUGACCUGACCCACCUCGUCCACGAGAAGUACCCCGAGAUGCUCAAGGGCUGCUACGGUGUCUCUGAGGAGACCACCACCGGUGUCCACCACCUCUACCGCAUGCUCAAGGAGGGCAAGCUCCUUGUCCCCUCCAUCAACGUCAACGACUCCGUCACCAAGUCCAAGUUCGACAACUUGUACGGCUGCCGUGAGUCCCUCAUUGACGGCAUCAAGCGCGCUACCGAUGUCAUGAUUGCUGGCAAGAUCGCCGUUGUCGCUGGUUUCGGUGACGUCGGUAAGGGUUGCGCCAUGGCCCUGACCACCAUGGGUGCCCGCGUUCUCGUUACUGAGAUCGACCCCAUCAACGCCCUCCAGGCCGCCAUGGCCGGCUACCAGGUCACCACCAUGGAGAAGGCUGCUUCCCAGGGUCAGAUCUUCGUCACCACCACUGGUUGCCGUGACAUCCUGACUGGCGAGCACUUCGAGGCUAUGCCCAACGACGCCAUUGUUUGCAACAUUGGUCACUUCGAUAUCGAGAUCGACGUUGCCUGGCUCAAGGCCAACGCCCAGAGCGUCCAGAACAUCAAGCCCCAGGUUGACCGCUUCCUCAUGAAGAACGGUCGCCACAUCAUCCUCCUCGCCGAGGGCCGUCUGGUCAACCUUGGCUGUGCCACUGGCCACUCUUCCUUCGUCAUGUCCUGCUCUUUCACCAACCAGGUCCUUGCCCAGAUCAUGCUGUUCAAGAGCGGCGAUGCCGCUUGGGGCCAGAAGUACGUUGAGUUCGCCAAGGCCGGCAAGCUCGACGUCGGUGUCUACGUCCUCCCCAAGAUCCUCGACGAGGAGGUCGCCAGACUCCACCUGUCCCACGUCAACGCCGAGCUCAGCAAGCUCAGCAAGGUCCAGGCUGACUACCUCGGUCUCACCAUUGAGGGUCCCUUCAAGAGCGACAUCUACCGCUACUAA